AUGGUGGUAGCUGGAGGCGGUGCCGCACGCCUUGGCGGGCUGAGCUGCGCGGGGCUGGCAGCGGCGGCGGGGGAGGGAGAGGGAGGGUGUUGUCGUGUGCGCGUGCCGUGGCAGGCAGGAGAGAGAAACUCUGCGCCUGAAAGAAACAAUCGACUAAGGAAGCAGAGCACCAUGGAUUUUUACUCUCACUAUGAACAUCUCUGUGCCCUCCAAGGCUCUGUCCCAGUAAAAUCAGUGAAGCCUUACCUGAGUCGGGGCACUCUUGACCUAAAUGCAGAUCGCAUCAAGGCAGCUGACUGGGCUCCGCUUCUGGAUGCAGUCAGGCAUAAUAAGACUUUGACUUCUGUUGGAAUCAGGAGUUUUCAUCAGCAGGGUCUAGGAGAAUCAGGUGCUGAAAGACAUAAAACCUGCUACAGAAGGCGUAUUCCAGCAAUCCGAUCAAAAGAUUUGACGAGUCAAUUAUGUAAAGCCAUCAGAGGGUGUCUGAGUAUAUCAAGCGUUCUAAAAAAUGUGGAACUUCAGGGUCUGCUUCUGAGAGAGAGAGAUCUAAUACUUUUAACAAAGGGGUUAGCAAAGACAACAUCUUUAGAGAGUCUGUCUUUAGCUCAUUGUCCAAUUGGAGAUGGAGGACUAGAAACAAUCUGUCAGAGUGUGAAGAACUCCACCACCAUCAGGUCUAUAAAUUUUACAGCAUGUAAUUUGACUUGGCGGGGAGCAGAACACCUGGCCAAUGUUUUAAAGCACCAGGCAAUGAAAAGACAUGGUGAAGCAUGGGCUGAAAGCUUGCGCUAUAGGAGGCCUGACCUUGACUGCAUGGCAGGCUUGAGACGCAUCACUCUCAAUUGCAAUACACUUGUUGGUGAUCGAGGGGCUAGUGCUUUUGCAGAAUGUAUUGGAGAGGACCUGUGGCUGAAAGCACUCGACUUGCAGCAGUGCGGAAUUUCCAGUGAGGGGGCAAAAUCGUUGUUAGAUGCUCUUGAGACCAACACAACAUUAGUAGUACUGGAUAUAAGGAAAAAUCCAUUAAUUGAUGACACUUUGAUGAAAGCAGUUAUUGAAAGAGUUCUCAUGAAUGGAAACAAUACUAAUUCAGAGUACAAGUGGCUAACAUCUCCUUCUUCAAAGGAUGUUCUGAAAACUAAACCAAAGAAAAGAACUAUUGUCCUAGGAAGUGGUCGGAAAGGAAAAGCUACUAUUCGUAUUGGAUUAGCAUCAAAAAAAUCUGUAAGUCCUGGAAAAAAGACUCCACUGGGUAAAGAUGGUUAUUCUCCCAAACGGUUACCGCCAGGUGCAGAUGGUUUCCUGCCUUGGCGUACUGCAGAACGUGCAAAAAGAUGCAGGGGAUUUCCAGUGGAUGGUACCCAUGAGUUACCACUGAAGAUCCAGCAGACAGGCAUUCCUGUGAAAGUGACAGUGGAAAGUGCUUCUACUUCUGAGGCUGAGGAAACGGAAGGGAUUUUAGAGGACAUUAUGCAUGAUCCUGAUAUAACAAAGUCUGCAGAUAAAUUGAAUGUAAAACAAUAUCAGCAAUUACAGAUGGAGUUGGAUGAAUGCCUGCUAAGAUUAAAGGAAGAAAGAAGAGCAAGAGUAAAAGCAGAUGAACGGAUAAUGGAGCUAGAAGUUGAAAAUGCCAGAUUAAGGAACCUGAACUUCUCUCUGUCAGAAGUACUUCAUGCACAAUCAGUAACUAAUAUGAUUUUGGAAGAUGAAGGUGUUCUUGGAAGCAUUGAGAAUUCUUUUAAAAAGUUUCAUGCUUUUUUAGAUCUUCUUAAAGAUGCUGGACUUGGUCAAUUUGCUACAAUAGCUGGGAUAGACCAAUCUGAUUUUGGUUUGUUGGGUCACCCUCAAAUGAAUUCUACUCUUCGUAAACCUGCUAAUGCAGCAAAGGAGAAGUCAUUUGAAGAAGAAAGACAAGAACACACAGUGAAUAACAAAAAUGCUGAUGGAGAUAUAGUUUCUUUUUCUGGCCUCAUCCAGGCCCAUGGGCUUGUGAAUAAUGCCUUUACUGUUUCCAGAGAAAUGGAAGGACUUCAGGUUUCUGUUCCACAACAGCAAGGCUCAUGUGAAGAAGGGGAAAUUCAAACAGAUAAGCAGCAAAAGAAAGAAGAAACAUCCAAAAGCAGCAGGCUAACAUCUUCAGACAAGGAUGUCAGACAAAGUAAACAGACAAAAGGGUAUUUCUCAAAGAUGCAGUCAAUUACUAGUCAGCAUUCAGUCUCUGAAUCUAGUCUUAAUCUGAAGAGUAAGGGUAGCAAAAAAUCCAGUGCUCUUUCUAGUGAAAAAAGUAGAAGCCGAUCCUCAAAAAAAUAUCCUCAUAGAACAAAGGAAAUAGAAAUUGCAACUGCUGAAGCCAGAGGAGAUCAACAUGUACCCAAAACAGAUCAUUCAAAAAAUGACACUAUAGGAUCUGAUUCAGAAAUACAAGAAAGUAUCCAUUCUGUGGCAAGCAUUUGAAAUGGGUGUAAAGGGAAAGCUCAAAAUGUUUUCCUUAGAGAGAGAGAGAAGGAAUUUAAAAAGAUAUUUAUAUUCCUGACACCUAGACUACAUGGAUUUUUUGGCAAGAAUGUAUGGUUUGAAAUUGUAUAGAACUUUUCCACAUGCUGUUUAGCAUUCCUGUUUCAUGAACACAAGUUUUUGACACAGAGGUUUUUGUGUUGGCCAAAAAAAAUGAUGAUAAAUCAUUAAAAGGAUACCCUUUGGUAUUUAGUAUGAUCUUACAAAGCUUAGGUGAUAUGUGGGCUGUUGAUAUACUAUCAGUACAGAUUUUGUUAAUGAAGUUUUUUGCAAAAUAAAAUGAAAUAGAUUAAUAGUUAUGAUUUGCCUUGUCAUUUGAUCACAUUUGAAACUAUUGUAGUGUACACAUACACUUGUGCCUAAUACUGUAUGGUAUAUUCUCCCUCAGAGGGAUAGUUGAACUCCUAACGUUAUUGGGAAUAUUGCAUGAAAAUCAAGGCGAAUCCCCUUGCUAUUCAAUAUUUUUAAUACAUUGUUUAUAGAUACAACAGUAGUUUUGUAUAUCUUUCCUCUGACAAUAAUGCAUUAAGUAAUUUAUUUUAAUCUGUUGUAAUACAGAUGAGCCAUAUACUCUCUGGUUAAAUGUAAAGUUUCAAGGAGUUUUUGCUGGUUUCCAUGCACCAGAGCAAAUCUAUUUUUACUGAGCCUAUUGUAAAUUAUUCUGUUUUUGUUUAAAGUUGAUUUCUGUCUUCAAAUAUUAGCAUUCCCCACUGAAUUUUUAACUUCUAAGAUAGUUAUAUAGAACAAAGCCAAUUUGAGUUGUUUUCCAAUAAGAACUUAAGGGGAUAGAAUUGGGAUCAGUUCUGGUUUGCUGAUUUGAGACCAGCUAGUGAAGUAAUCGUCAGAUUGGUUUUGUUAAAUGAAUUGAUGGUUUUGUUUCCAUUCCUGGUGGACAGGUGUCGACUAGAAAACCUCAUGGCCAUCUACUUUUUACUGUGGUUGGAAAUUUUAUCAGUGAGGUGAGUGACAGAAUGGGCAUAGAGCCUGAGCUGAGAGAUAUAGUAUAUCCAAGAAUAAUAGAAAUACUUAGAAAAAUAGAAUUACAUCAUUGCUCUAAAGGUUCUCCUAGAAUAUCAUUGGGACACUAUAGAUUAUGCAGCAGGAGGAAGCUUUCUACCUAUUUUGUGGGGAAGUAUUUAGCAAUUGUAAAGUCUGGCAGAAGUUUCUUUGAUUUUUAAAGGAACAACAAAAACUUGUAAUUUGUUUCCAGCAAACUUGUUUUCCCCUCUUAUAUGGGAAACUGCAUUUAAUUAAAAAUGCUUUUCUACCUGUAAUAUUGGAUGAUCGUGGAAGCCAUUCUUUCACGACAGGUCAUGAGAUUGUGUUAAGUUGGUUUCAAAGAGUAUGUAAUGUCUCUGAACGUAAGGAAAGAGCCUUAGUUUUUCACAAAAAGAAACCCAUUGUGUAUAUUCUAGGACCCGAUGCUUAGUUGUGAGAAUGUUCUCAUUUUUCAGCUCGUGAUAAACAUACAGUAUGUUUACCCCUUUGUUUUUUACUUGUAUGCUUUUUGUUGUUAACCUUUCAUUACUAGCUUUCCCUUCAGGUUGAGCUUCAUCUUGUCUUAUUAUUGUGUGUGCUCAAACAAAACUGUUAAUUCAAGAUCUUGUCCUACACUUCAACCCACAGAACAUAAAAAAACAAAUACCUUUACAUAUUUAUUGUUUGGACUUUAAAAUUACCACACAUGCUGGAUGGACUGGAAAGGAGUCUACUUUCUCUUUCCCUUUAGGUUUUGUCUUUUAAUCCUUUCAUUCUAAUAUCCUUGAUAGCUUCAUGGGAAAAGGAAACCAAAAUAAUCUUUUAAAUGGAAACAAUAUGUACAUAUUUUUUAAAUAAAAUUUGAAAAUAUUAAAGUA